AUGCGCACCCUCAUCGCCCUCAUCUCUCUCCUCUCCGUGGCCGUCGCCCUAAAAUGCUACAAAGACACCGCUGCCGACGAGCAUCACUCCGGAAGUGAGCGCGAAAUCAACUGUGACUGCGGGGAUUACUGUAUCAAGUACUACGGCCAGGCCGCUAGCGUCAGGGCGGCUACCUGGGAUUGUGCUUGCUCCAACAUUGCCACCCGUCAGGUCAACAUGUGCCAGAAGGAGGGCAAAUCGACCUACGGCACCAACCCUGUCCUCGAGGUGAACUGCUGCUCCGGCAACCUUUGCAACGGAGCCACCACCGCCUCGUUCUCCAUGAUCACCGCCCUCCUCUCGCUGGCCGUCUAUUUCCUUGCCAAG